GUCGAAAGACGGCGCUGUUUUUGAACGCAACAUUAGUUUCUUGCUCUGUGGUUUGUUACGCCCCCUGUCAAAACGCUAGCAAAAACAUCGUCAUCUUCAAUGUUAAGGGUAAUAUAACUUUUUUUUAACAAUGGAAAGCAGCGAGGAGGAAAUAGAGAAUGAAACUGAGUGGAAACAACAUUUGAUGGAUUCCCCGCUUGCCCGUCAAGUAUUUGGAUCGAGCCGCAAUAAGACGUCGACACCUAGACACAAAGUCAUUUUGCAUUUUGACUUGGAUUGCUUCUAUGCCCAGGUGGAAAUGAUCCGGAACCCAGCAUUGAGAGAUGUCCCUCUAGGUAUCCAACAGAAGUACAUCAUAGUUACAUGCAACUAUGUGGCAAGGCAGCAGGGUGUCACCAAGUUGAUGUCCGUCACCAACGCCAGGGAGAAAUGUCCUCAAUUGGUGCUCGUGAAAGGAGAAGACCUGACACACUACAGAGAAAUGUCCUAUCAAGUGACAGAUCUUCUGCUGUCGUUCUGUCCAUUGGUCGAGAGGCUUGGCUUCGACGAGAACUUUGUGGACAUCACAGAGAUGGUAGAGAAACGGCUGUCGUGUACACCGGUCUUCUCAUUUCAAGGCCACGUCUAUGGCACUUCAAAAGAAGUUGCAGAUGCCAAAGCUAAUUAUCAUCCAGAGUUGGCAUUGGGGUCGCACAUUGCCGCUGAGCUGAGGGAAUCCAUCCAUGCUAAACUGGGCCUGACUGGUUGUGCUGGUGUCGCCACCAACAAGCUGCUGGCCAAGUUGGUGUCAGGCACCUUCAAGCCCAACCAGCAAACUACCCUGCUACCGGACAACGUUGAUGACAUCAUGGGCAGCCUGAGCAGCGUCCGAAAGAUACCAGGGGUAGGACAUCAAACUGCCAAAAGGCUCCAAGCACUGGGAUUGAUCUCCGUCAGGGACCUUCAGCUCUUCCCGUUGACUGAGCUGGCAAGAGAGUUGGGCUCUCCGUGCGCGACACGUUUGAAGAAUCUAUCCUGCGGCGUGGACGAUUCUCCCGUCACGCUCACCGGAGCCCCUCAGUCUCUCAGUGAUGAAGACUCUUUCAAGAAAAUGACAUCCAUGAAAGAAGUAACGGACAAGAUUCAGCAGCUCCUUGGCAGCCUGUUGGAGAGGAUGCGCAAAGACGGCAGGCAGCCGCAAACCUUCCGCCUCUCUGUCCGGAAGUACUCCGCGAGCAACAAGUGGUACAGUCGGGAGAGCCGGCAGUGUCCUAUUCCCAACCACAUCAGGCACAAGAUCACUGCCAGCAGUGACGACACACCGACUGUUCUGCUGUCCUUGGCCAUGAAGCUCUUCUCGAAAAUGGUAGAUACUGCGGUGCCAUUCCACCUGACCCUCAUCAACGUGUGCUUCAGCAACCUGCAAACCCAAACACCCGCUGCCAGCACCAGGGGCUCCAUUACGUCCUUCUUCGCAACCAGUACCUCCCCAAAAACCUCAACUCAAAGCCAGAUUGACGACCCUAUGAGAGGAAGUGGGGCAGAUGAUGGCCUCGGCUCACCCAGCCUGAUGAUUCCACUCGGCACGGAGAACACCGCCGAAAGCCCGCCCUGUCGUGAUGCGGCCUCACGCCAGGCCAGACCCACACAGUGUGCUUCUGUUCCAGCAGAGGCAUCCUGGCAGAUGACGACAUCCCACAGUAGCACAUGCUCGGACAGCGGUGACGCUAAAAUCUCGGUGACUCAUCAAUUACCCCCCAGUGUGGACCCUCAGGUGUUUUCCGAGCUGCCGGCCAACCUUCAGAUGGAACUGAUGAGAGAGUGGGAGCACCAGAGGCCAGUUUUAAAGAUUCCUGCCGCUUCCAGGAAGCCUGGGAGAGAAGCCAAAGAUAAGAAAGGCAGUGGAACAGCAAGCCAGGCCAACAGUUUGUUAAAUUAUUUUAAACCUGCUUAGAGAAAACUCCAAAUCUUGUCCACUGAAUAGUGACUGGGCCCUGCAACAAAUUUUAAAAAUUUGAUUAGUUGCCCUCCCACCUCCAGAAAGUUUUGUCUCGAGAAGCCAAAACAUGGUCAAAGAACUGCUUUUGUCUGAAUCACGCUCCUCAACUCUUUUUGACAGUUCCUUUGCACCAGAUAAGAGCUAAGCACUAUUUCCGUUGGAAUUAAGCUUUUCAACUCAUUUCAAGGUAGUUCCUUGGCACUAAAAUGACACAAGGUAGUUGGAAAGCCCCAUUUUUUCCUAAAUACAGUAUCUUCAACUGUCUUUCACAUAGCUCCUUGGCACCAUGAUGCCACAAAAUCAAAUGUUUAUGUUACACAUUUAAAUGCAACACAAAGCACUUCAGAGGAAUUAUUUAACUGACAAAAAAUGAGAAAUACACAGCACAAGAAGUAUACCUGAGCCUCCCAUUCCACAUUUACUGUAAAUGCGAAAGCACAACAUACACCGACUAAAAGACAGUAGUAGACAGACAUAAUAAAAAUUUAAAAAAGAAAGAACAGUAAAAAAAACCAUUAAGAUAGGUUGAAAAUGAAUAGAUAAGGGAAUUAACUAAACCCACUAGACUAAACCAAGUAGGUGAGUGUUGAGCCUCCACUUAAAAACAUCAACAGACUCAAUGGGAAAUGGCAACAAAGCACUACUCUUUUCUAAAUAAAGCUUUUCAACUUUAAUGUCGUUACAUUGCACCAAGGUGCUACAAUAUAGUGGGAAAGCACCUGUUUUGCUAGACUUAAGCUCCUUCAACAUAGUACUUUGGCACCACAAAACUGAAACGCCUCACCUCACUUCAACUUAGCUGUACUUCCUCAGAACCUAUAUUUUACAACUGUGCUGCAAACAGUUUUUUUUCUCUCAAAAUGAAGGUCCUUAAUGAUGUCAACAUGGUUCAUUGGAGGAUUAGUUUCUAAUUCACUGAGAAUUCAUGUUGGUACCGCCUGUAAUAGUCGACACAGUCAAACCCAAAGCAAUGUUUGUGAAAUGACAAUUAGAAUGUAAUCUUUUUUUCUAUGCAAUUAUUUGUUUUUCCAACCAAAUACAGCCCUCUGGCUUUCAUUUUUGGUGACAGUACUGUUUUUCCACCAUACUUAACAUUUAUUGUGGUCAAUGCAAUAAAUGAGCUUCAAAUUCCCUACAAUAACUCUGCUUAAUCACUUUAAGUUCAAUGUGACUUUUUUUUAUCAGCUUAAGUUCAUGUGACGCAUUCUGACCCAAAUUCCUAAUGCAUUGUUCU